GAGGGGAGGGCAGCAGUGCGCCAGACAGAGGAACAUCGUCACAACACAAGCUGGUAAACAUGGCUAUGUCCAAGUCCACAAACACUUACAACCGACAAAACUGGGAAGAUUCGGACUUCCCUAUUCUGUGUCAAACAUGCCUUGGGGAUAACCCUUAUGUGCGAAUGAUGCGUGAUCGGUAUGGUAAAGAAUGCAAAAUUUGCACACGUCCCUUCACGGUGUUCAGAUGGUGCCCUGGUGCAAGAAUGAGAUUCAAGAAGACUGAGGUUUGCCAGACAUGUGCCAAGAUCAAGAACGUCUGUCAGACCUGCUUAUUAGAUCUUGAGUAUGGGCUACCAACACAGGUUCGGGACUCUGCCCUCAGCUUGGCUGAUGAUAUGCCCAAAAGUGAAGUAAACAAGGAAUUCUACAUCCAGAACAUGGAGAGACAGAUGGCAGCUUCCUCAGAUGGAACCACUGCUGGUGGGGCAUUAGGGAAAACCAAGUCACACUCCGAGAUGCUUCUUCGUCUAGCCCGCACAACGCCAUACUACAAGAGAAAUAGACCACACAUAUGUUCAUUUUGGGUCAAAGGUGAAUGUAAGAGAGGUGAAGAGUGCCCCUAUCGGCAUGAGAAGCCCACUGAUCCUGAUGAUCCUCUUGCUGAUCAGAAUAUCAAAGAUCGCUAUUAUGGUGUUAAUGAUCCAGUUGCUGACAAACUACUGAAGAGGGCAGCAGCAAUGCCAAGACUGGAGCCCCCAGAGGACAAGUCUAUCACCACUCUAUAUGUUGGUAAUUUAGGUGAUAGGAUUGGUGAAAAAGAAUUGCGAGAUCAUUUUUACCAAUAUGGUGAACUGCGCAGUGUGAAUGUCGUAGCUAAACAACAGUAUGCAUUCGUUCAAUUUACUACUCGUUCUGCUGCAGAGCUAGCAGCUGAGCGUACGUUUAACAAACUCAUUAUACAGGGUCGGCGCCUUAAUAUCAAAUGGGGCAGAUCCCAAGCUAGACAGGGAGGAGUAGGAAUUGGAGGAGUUGAAGAAUUAGAGGGUGACGACACUGCUCCUCAACCUCUGGAACCAGUACCUGGCCUCCCUACACUUCCCCCACCACCUGAAGAACUCCAUAACAACUUCUUCAAUUUACCCUCUACUGCUGCCAGCAUACCACUUCCGCCUGGCCAGGCACCUCCAGUUGCUGGUGCCCCAACAAUACGACCUCCAAUGCCUCCUGGUCAGGCCCCUCCCAGACCACCUGCUCCCCCUCCAGGUAGUCUUCCAGGAGGACCUCCUCCAUUGGGUACUCCUCUAGGCCCUCGACCCCCUCCUGGUGUACCUCCAGCACCUCCAGGUCAUUUGCCACCAUUACAGCCUCCUCCGUUCUUUCCCCCUCAUCUUCGUGCACCAUUACGUCCCCCUCCAGGGAUUCGUCCUCCUACAUAUUUUCCUCAGCCACCACCAAUCCCAGGUGUCGGUCCCCCACCCCCCCUCACCCAUGGUAUUAUCCAUUAUCCUUCACAAGAUCCUACUCAAAUGGGAGCUAAUCCUGAUAAAAAGUAAUCUGUUUGUAUCUUAAACUUUUUUGUAGUUUAAAAUUAUUUAACAUGAUGAACUGUGUGAAAGUUUUAUGUAAGACUUUUUUGUCACUUAUGAUAGAGACUUCGAGAUAAGAAACAAUCUGACAAAACACUUGUUAUUAAUAGUUACUGUACACUAUAUUUCUAAAUUAAAAAAUUGUACAUCUGCUAUGUAUACUGUACUGUACAUUUAUAGCAGUAAACAAAGCAUGUUUGAAUAUCAGUGUGUAAAUUUAUUACCUUUGUACAUCUUAAAUGUUUACUAAAAUAUCAUUGUAAAGAUUUGAUAUUUUUCUGUAGUUGUGGAUUAAUUUAUGUAAUAAAAACGAUUGGUUCAA